UAUUUGGUCGACCAUGUCACAUGACCUAAAAAUGGCGGCCAGGAAGAAAUGGAAGAAAAUAUUAUAUGAAGACCAAGGUGUUCCAGAUAACUAUGUGGACUCUUCGUUCCUGGAUGAAAUGAAGAAAAAUCUAUACACUAGAACCUAUUCCUAUUGGUCAGUUGUAAGGAAUUCUGGUGAAGUGACGCAGCAAAUCAGCAGUUUGUGCCUCUUUGUGGUUGCCUAUAUCUACAUGUACAACCAGAAACUAUCGCCGCGGUUGUUAGUGAUAGCCAUGGCAGCGGUUACCAUGGUUGGUUACCUGGUCAAGCUUUACACAGACCAUGUGAUAGGAAUCAAAGGUCCACAUAGAACAGUGCUAGAUGAUUUGAAGACAGCUGUGAUAUUUACGGGGUUCAGUUUUGGCUUGUCUCCAGUUCUGGUCUCAUUGACAGAAACUAUCUCCACGGAUACAAUUUACGCCAUGACAACAGUGAUGCUGCUCGCUAACCUCAUCUUCCAUGACUACGGAGCAAGCGCUGCAAUGGUUUCAGAGGCUUUGUCUCUCAAUGCUGGGAUAUUCGCCUCGGUGUGUCUGGCCUCCAGACUCCAUACAACAUGGCAUGCCUUUGCUACAGUCACACUUUCCCUACUCGUGUUUGGUCUCUGGCCAAUGUUGAGGAAACAAAUGAAGAAGGCUAUCCCAGGAAGCCAGAUUGGAAUGACCUUGACCCUAUGUAGUGUAUCCAUUGUUGCUUUGGUAACAGUGUCAGCAGUUGCAGCUGUCCUGGGGAUAUUGCUCAUAUUGUUCAUCACGUUCGUAUGUCCAGCUUGGCUCAUCAGUCUUCAGCCUUACAAAAACAAUAUAUACGGUCCCUGGGAUGAAGCUGUCAUUCAAACCAAAUGAAAACGGCAGUAAUACAUUACCCUCAGGUAGAUGAAUACUCUAAAAGUCUCAGAUGUCUUCACAUCUGUUAAACAGCGCAAUGAUGUCUCUACACCUCUUGAACAGUGAACAUCUGUUGCACACUAAAACAGCCAGAUAAUUCUGCAUUGGUUGAAAAGAAGAAGUCCAAGAUCUGUUCAACAAUGAAAGUGCAAGAUGUUUCCGCAUCUGUACAACAGUGACAGUCCAAGAUCUAUUGAAUAGUGUAAGUGCAAUAUGUUUCCGCGUUGGUUGAACUGUAGAAGUCCAAGAUCUGUUGAACAAUAAAAGUGCAAUGUUUCUGCAUCAGUUGAACUAUAGAAGUCACUGUUGAACAGUGACUUUGCAAGACGUUUUGUAUUGGUUGAACAGCGGAAGUCCAAGAUCUGUUUAACGGUGAAAGUGCAAGACGUUUCUGCAUUGGUUGAACAGUAGAAGUCCAAGAUCUGUUGAACAAUGAAAGUGCAAGAUGUUUCUGCAUUGGUUGAACAGCGUAAGUCCAAGAUCUGUUUAACAGUGAAAGUGCAAGACGUUUCUGCAUUGGUUGAACAGUAGAAGUCCAAGAUCUGUUGAACAAUGAAAGUGCAAUGUUUGUACAUCAGUUGAAUUAUAGAAGGCCAAGAUCUGUUGAACAGUGACUUUGCAAGACGUUUCUGUAUUGGUUGAACAGCGGAAGUCCAAGAUCUGUUGAACAGUGAAAGUGCAGGAUGUUUCUGCAUUGGUUGAACAGCGGAAGUCCAAGAUCUGUUGAACAGUGAAAGUGCAAGACGUUUCUGUAUUGGUUGAACAGUAGAAGUCCUAGAUCUGUUGAACAGUGAAAGUGCAAGACGUUUCUGUAUUGGUUGAACAGUAGAAGUCCAAGAUCUGUUGCAAUGUUCUACAUCAGUCGAACUAUAGAAUUCCAAGAUCUGUUGAACAGUAAAAGUGCAAGAUGUUUCUGCAUCUGUUGAACAGUGGAAAUAUUUAACGUGUGGCCCAAAUUGUUUUUUUUUUUUAAUUGGUAAACAAGUCCGCAAUCGGCACCUUUUGAUGUAAAAAAAAGCGAAUAGUGUAAUGAAAAUAGAUAACACAUACC